GCUCAUUUUACUUCAAGCACCAAAAGGCGCAUGUGCCAAGGCCCCAAGACCUCGCGGACGCCGCCCCGCUACAACACGAUCCAAGCGCUUCUGUCGCCGAUGGAUGACGCUGAGAAUACCGAGGACUGUCUCUCGUGCGAGGAAGACGACGAGUGCACGACAAGCCCCGAGUCGUCGUCGCCGCUCUCGUCCGCCACUUCACCGGACCGCAGUACCCGCGCGAUUCUGGCGCGUCUCAAAACUGGCCAAGAUGUCUGCGUCGUUGUCGACCGUGGGCACGUCAACUGGGUCGCGUCGUACAUGCAGUACGGCUUUGACUCGAACAGCAUUUUUCGCUCGAUCGUGCCAGUCCGACCAACGUCGACGCCGUGGACGCAAGAUGAACUCAACUACGUCCAGGCCAUCCAGCGCUGCAUCAAGGACGGCCAUGUCCGGGUGCCGUACGGCCGCUGCACGGCGACCUUUAUCGCCGAGCGACUGCACACGACCCGCGAACGCGUGCACCGGUAUCUCAAGCUCGUGCCGUCGCCGUCGUCGGCGGAUGGUGCGACCGCGUCCGCGCUUGCCGAGCUCAAGGAACUCCGGAGCUAUUUUUUGAGUACGCUCGAGCGCUCCGUGCUCACCGUCAUGGCCAACGUCGGCCUCGAUCAGUCGUGGGUUGUCGCAAUCAAAUACUGACGACGAUUCUUCUAUAUAUUAAACAAAAUUACUUUAUCAAACGCAA